UAGCGUUCCUUUUAACGCAUGAAAGCAGACAAAUUACUUUUUGAUUUGUCAUGUUUCAAACAAAUAUUAAAACCUAAAACAAAUUAUUUGAGCUUGAAAUGGAACAAAGCUGUCAAAACGUAGAAGUCAAAACACAAAUAGGGCUCGUUUUCCCAAAAUAAAGAAAAUAGAUACAAAAUCGGUGAAAAGCCCUUAAAUAAUAAAUCAAAGGAAGAUGUGAAAGACAUUUAACAGAACAGCCGCGUAUAAAGUAGUUCGUUAUAAUGUCAACACUAAGGGAAAUUCGGGAAAAAAUUGAAAGAUUCAGAUCCAAAGUGGUAUCAUCUCUAUCAGAAAUUUCUGACCUGGACAUAACAUCUAUGACGGUGAUAGAGCAACAUUUGAGAGACCCAAAGUUAAUAAAUUCAAUAUCUACUGUAAAAAUCCAGGCUGUUAUUGACUAUAUGUAUGAACAAGUUAACAUUGGUAAUUGGAAAGAAGUAAGGUUAUUUUUGAGAAAAACUAUUACUAUUACGACCUAUUUACGUCUCCUCGCUCAUUUCAAGUGCAUUGAAAACCAUUCUAAUGAAACUAUUAAGGAGGCUCUUAGGAUAAUUGAUUUUGGCAUAUUAUUUGGCUGCCCUCUUGAUGCUGAACCAAAACUAUUACAAGUAUGUGCUACCAGUUUACAUUCCGGUCUAACAAUAAUCUGUGAAACAUCUGGAGUGAGUACUAGGGGUGUAUACAAUAGUGACAUUGAAUUAAAAAAUAAUUCCUGUAAUUUGAAUGUUUUGGAUGUUAUAAGCUGCCCUACUAUGGAAAGUUUCUUUAGAGAGCACAUAUUAGCUGAAAAGCCAGUUGUACUUGAUAAUUGUAUAAGUCACUGGCCAGCACUUACAAAAUGGCAGGAUCAAAACUAUUUUAUUAAGUUGGCUGGACUAAGGACUGUUUCAAUUGAGUUAGGAAGAGACUACACUGAUUCCAAAUGGACACAAAAACUGAUGACAAUAGAGGAUUUUAUUAAAAAUCAUAUUUAUGCCCAAAGUAGCACCACAGGAUACCUUGCGCAGUAUCAACUCUUUGAUCAGAUACCAGAAUUAAAAAAUGAUAUCACAGCACCUGAGUACUGCUGUUUUUCUGACAAGGAUGAUUGUAUUGACAUAAUGGCCUGGUAUGGACCCAAAGGAACAGUUUCUCCUCUACAUCAUGAUCCAAAGAAGAACUUAUUGGCUCAAGUGGUUGGUGAGAAACAAAUUUUCUUAUUUUCUCCCCAACAAUCAGAGUAUUUAUACCCACAUCAGCAUGAGUUGUUGAUUAAUACAGCGAGAGUUGAUCCCCGUAAACCUGAUUUGGAGAAGCAUCCUAAAUUCAAGGAAGCUAAAGGUUUCUUUUGUGUGUUGAAACCUGGACAGAUGUUGUAUAUCCCACCUAGGUGGUGGCACUUUGUCGAAUCACUUUCUGUCAGUUUCUCUGUCAGUUUUUGGUGGGAAUAGACUGUAAUAGUGUAAUUGAGUAUUAUAUAUGUGAUUGUGUUGCUGGAAUGCAGUUUAUUUUGUGUAAAAUAUCCUUUACAUUUUUAUUUUUUACUUCUAACAAUAUUUUAAUUAAAGACUAAUUUCUUAUGCCAGAAUAUACAACAUCAAAAUUAAGGAAUUGCUAUAAUGAUCUUAGAUUAUAUGCUUUGUUUUACCAAAUAAAAUGGUAAAUUAACCUUAAAGUUAUUUAGCUAUCAACUUAUGUAAAAAGAAUAUCGAAAAUAAUAUAUUUAACUUCUAU